ACCAGCGGUAGCUUCCGCCUUGCGCAGUGUUGGGACUUCGGCACGUGUGUUAGUUGCCGCCUCGCGAUUCCUGGAUUACCUCUAUCCCUGGUGAAAGUGUAGGAUCGGGACUCUUCAUAUUUAAGGAUGAAGGCGAGAAGAAAUAAAAAACAGAUCCCCAGCUUUCGGAAGUUACUAAAAACUAGUAAAGUCAAACUUGAAAACAAGCUAAAAAAUAAGCAAUUUAAACAACAAAGCACUCUCAAGAAGUACCGAAAAGAACAGAGGAAACUAAGGCAAGCUGUAAAAGAUGCUGUGUCUAAGAAACCGAUCCCACUGGAGGACCCAAAGGAAAAACGACCAGGUAAAAGGAUUGAAUGGGAAGAGGAGGAAGAAGAGGAAGCCCUUCCUUUGGAUAUGAUGGAUGAAGAUGACUUGCAGUUAAUGAGAGACUUAGGACAAAGAGCAUCUUUUCUAACGAGAGAUCUUUCUUCUAGUGAACCUGUUCACGCCAAGAAACGAAAGCAUGAGGGUGUUAUAGAUAAAUAUGAAAAAAUACCAAGAACUCUGCAAACUGCACCAGAGAAGGAACUGAUUCACUUACUUCCUAUCAAGGAUAAAAGUGGUAUAAUCCCACAGACCAGGGAGAAGCCAGUUACAGACAGUAACCAAGAUGAAGAGGAUCAAGAAGAGCUAGAACUUGAGGAAGAGAUUGUUGAAGAUCCCAUUCGAGAGCUGACACUAGAAGAACAUUUGAUUGAGAGAAGGAAGAAAUUACAGGAGAAGAAAAUGCAUAUUGCAGCCUUGGCAUCUGCCAUAUUAUCAGACCCAGAAAGUAACAUUAAAAAAUUGAAAGAACUGCGUUCCAUGCUGAUGGAACAGGAUCCUGAUGUAGCUGUUACUGUUCGAAAGCUGGUGAUAAUUUCCCUGCUGGAGUUAUUUAAAGACAUUACUCCUUCAUACAAAAUACGACCCCUCACAGAAGCAGAAAAAUCUACCAAGAUACGCAAAGAAACCCAAAAGUUAAGAGAAUUUGAAGAAGGCCUGGUUAGCCAAUAUAAAUUUUAUUUGGAAAAUCUGGAGCAAGUGGUUAAAGACUGGAAGCAAAGGAAACUGAAGAAAAGUAAUGUAGUUUCCUUAAAGGCCUACAAAGGACUGGCGGAAGUGGCCGUGAGGAGCCUGUGUGAGCUGUUGGUGGCACUUCCUCAUUUCAACUUUCACAACAACAUCAUUGUGUUGAUCGUCCCUCUCAUGGAUGACGUGUCAAAAUCGAUAUCUGAAAUGUGUUGUGACGCAGUGAAGAAACUAUUUAAACAAGAUAAAUUAGGCCAAGCUUCCCUUGGUGUGAUUAAAGUGAUUUCUGGUUUUGUGAAGGGCAGAAAUUACGAGGUUAGGCCAGAGAUGUUAAAGACAUUCUUGUGCUUAAGAAUCAAAGAAGUGGAAGUGAAAAAAGAUACAGAGGACAUUAAUAAACCAAAAAAGUUCAUGACUUUCAAGGAAAAGAGAAAAACUCUCUCAAGAAUGCAGAGAAAGUGGAAGAAAGCAGAAGAGAAACUAGAGCGAGAGCUACUGGAGGCAGAAGCUUCAGAGAGCACGGAGAGAAAACUUAAACUGCACACGGAGACUUUGAAUAUUGUGUUUGUGACCUACUUCAGAAUAUUGAAGAAGGCCCAGAGGUCACCUCUCCUGCCAUCAGUUCUAGAAGGCCUUGCCAAGUUUGCUCACCUUAUAAAUGUGGAGUUUUUCGAUGAUUUAUUAGUAGUACUGCAUACUCUCAUCGAAUCUGGUGACCUGAGCUAUCGAGAAAGCCUUCACUGCGUCCAGACCGCUUUUCAUAUUCUUUCUGGGCAAGGUGAUGUUCUGAAUAUUGACCCCAUGAAAUUCUAUACACAUCUGUAUAAAACACUGUUCAAGUUACAUGCAGGUGCUACCAAUGAAGGUGUCGAGAUUCUGCUCCAGUGCCUUGACGUCAUGCUAACUAAGCGCAGAAAGCAGGUUUCUCAGCAGAGAGCCCUUGCUUUCAUCAAGCGUCUUUGUACCCUUGCUCUUCACGUUCUUCCAAAUUCAAGCAUUGGCAUUUUAGCAACUAACAGAAUAUUAAUGCAGACUUUCCCAAAAACAGAUCUGUUGCUUGACAAUGAGUCUCAGGGAAGUGGGGUUUUCCUUCCUGAACUGGAUGAACCCGAGUACUGUAAUGCUCAGAACACUGCACUUUGGGAAUUGCAUGCACUACGGAGACAUUACCAUCCCGUCGUGCAGAGAUUUGCAGCUCACCUGAUCGCCGGAGCCCCCUCUGAAGGCUCAGAAGCACUCAAACCGGAGUUGAGCCGGAGAUCUGCUGCAGAACUUUUUGAGACCUACAGCAUGGCUGCAAUGACAUUCAAUCCUCCUGUUAAAUCUUCAAGUUCCAAAAGGAAGAGUGAAGUUUUACAAGGGGAUUCAUUUUUGAAUGAAGAUUUAAAUCAACUAAUCAAAAGACAUUGCAGUGAAGUUGCUACUCACUUGCCUCUGGAUUUCACCAAAUAUUUGAAAACAUCACUACGGUAGUAGAAGAAGGAGUCAGUGGACUUUCUCUUAUAUUUGUUUAGAUGCACAUAGAGACCUACUGUUAAUUUAGGACAUUCUUUUUUUAUACAAGGGAAGCUUCCUAAGAAAAUUAACAGCGGAGGAAGAAUUACCCUUUGCAUGGCACAGGGUUCUGCCCCAAUUAUGAAAUUGUCAUUUAAGAAAGGAGAAUUGAAAACCACCUACCCCCAUAUUUGGAAGUUUCUUAAUGACAUUGCCUUUUUAAAACUUAAUAUAUAUCUUGGGAUGCCUGGGUGGCUCAGUUAGUUGAGUGUCCAACUCUGGAUUUUGGCUCAGGUCAUGAUUUCAGGGUCAUGAGAUUGAGCCCCACGUGCUGGGUGUGGUGGCUGCCUAAGAUUCUCUCUCCUGCUCUGCCCCAACCCCCUG